CUCCUGUCAUGGCCGACAGCUUGCACGAGUACGACCUUGGAGACAUGGUGGGCUCGGGCUCUUCCGCGCAAGUGUACUGGGCUCAUCGCGUAUCCAAUGGUGAACUUGUUGCCAUCAAGGUCCUGGACAAGAUGCAACAUGCACUGAUUCGCAGGCAAUCCCAGUCCAUGUCGAAGGCUACAGGGAUCCAAGAGAUCGAACUGCAGCAGAAGUUGAACCACCCAAACGUACUCCAAAUUAUUGAUGUCUUCGAAGACGCUCGAAAUGCGUUCCUGGUCUUGGAGCCAUGCCUCGGGGGAUCGCUACAGUCGCUUCUGUCAAGAAAUGACGACAAUCAUAGGGUGCCAUUGGACGAGCGUCGCGCCCAGCAUUACAUCCGUCAACUCGUUGCGGGCAUCGCAUACAUCCAUGGCCAAAACGUCCUCCAUCGCGACUUGAAGCUGUCCAACAUCCUCCUGACCAGCGACGACGUGGUCAAAAUCGCCGAUUUUGGCCUUGCGACUGACCUCGUCACGAACCAGUCCCCCAGCACCAUCUGCGGGACUCCAAAUUUCAUCGCGCCGGAAGUUCUCCUGGGAAAAGCGUACACGUUCUCGGCCGAUUUGUGGUCCCUCGGUUGCAUGGCGUACAGCUUGCUCGUCGGGACCCCGCCCUUCCAAGGCCAAACCGUCGCACAAACCCUGCAAAACGUGGGCUCGGCAGACUUCCGCGUCGCCAUCCCCGCCGCGCUGUCGCCGGUAGCCGUGGACUUUCUCCAAUGUUUGCUGUGUGGGGAGCCGUCGAAACGAACGCCGUGCUCGGUCUUAAUCGAGCAUCCGUGGCUCCACAACUCGACGUCUCCCGUCCAUCACUUUUUCAGCCGGCCAAGCAUGUUGCUUGGUGACGACCAUGCUUCAUAUUCAUGCAACAAGGCCACCAAGAUGGAAGGCCAUGAUGAUGCAUCCUCUCCUCGUCCGUCCGUGUCGUCCUCGAUCAUUAGCGUUCCACUCGCCCAACCAAGUCGAAACCUACGCCAACAGUCCAUCAAACUCCGCCGCCGCCGCCGCCGCCACCGACGGGAGCGCGCGCCGCCUCCGACCAAAGGCAUCAGUGUAUUGUCAUCAUCGUCAUCUUCUAAUGGAUCGGCGUCUUCAAGUGGCGACGACGACGACGCCGACAUUGCUCAACUGCAGACCGUGCUGGAUAAGAUGGCCCUCCGGAGGACAUCGUCGAUCAACCAACAUGACGACCUCCUUGCCGAGGCAGCAGACGGCCCGGCCACUCGAACCACCACCACCGCGUCGUCAGGAGUACCCGUCGUAGCGUCGCCCGUCAUGACGUUUACGGUCGAGUACCAUUCCAUCUUGGGGCGCCAACGGUCGCCAGUGUCCGAGUUCACGUGUUCGCGCACGUCGUUUGGUUUGGAGCUUCAUGGCCCGGACGGGACGGAGCCGCACAUCGAGUACCACUUGGCGGACGGACGCAUUCGAGGCUCUGCGGGCACGUGUUUUGAUGUGGAUUUCUCGUCGCUGCCGUUGGCGGACGUGAGCGCGGCCGCCGUAUCGACGUGGAUUCGACUGGCGCAAUGGUGUGUGGCCCAACUCCCAGUGAGCGACGCGCGCAUAGCCGUGCCAGACGACACCCUCGAGGCCAUGCAACGCUCGGAGCAACUGGAAGCGUCCCUUCGGCACCACGCCACCCCGUCCAAGCCGACCACACGAUCGACGACGUCAGAUGCAGCAGCAGUGGUGGCCGUUGAAUUGGCAGGCGUGGGCGUUGCCGAGUCGUUGGAAGACGGCACGUUGUGCUUGUACUUUAUGGAUGGCGCUGUGCUGCAAGUCGACGAUUGUGCGUCCACCGUGUCGUACCUGCCUGUGGGGGCGUCCACGUUCGACGUAUUUCCGCUGCAAUCGAGGUCGUCUGACGUGACCAAGACAUGUGACAUGCCCCAUCAAGUGUCGACGCGCCUCAAGUACGUGUCGCUGUUCAUACAAGAGAUGAAACGACAGACCCAACAGCAACAACGAGACUACACCUGCUCGUCUGGGCCAUGACGACGGGUACUAUUAGUACGGUGGAACGUAGGUACUAGCAGUUAUACAAAUAUGUGCC